UCAGGAGGAGCGAGUCACUCCAAGGGAAGUAGGGGAAAGAGGAGAGUCCAGCGCCUUAUUCCGUAGCGUUUCACUUUCAUAACGCAGCUCUCAGCCUCGUCUGGACCGAAAGGCGUGUUUCUGAAAGGGAGCGGGUAUCACCCUCCUUCUUCUCCUUCCUCCGGAGGAGACGAGGUCACACGAGAGAGAGCCAGACCCAGCGCAGGAGCAAGCAAAUAUGGGAGGCGUGCGGGGGGCUCGCGGGGCCACGCUCAGCCCGUGGGGGCUGCUGCUGCUACCGCUGCUGCUGAGGAACGCGAUGCACGGCCUCGUUAGCUCAGCCCCGGCCCCAGCGAGUCCCGAGGUGCCCUUCGGAGCCGGUCAGUUUUGGCACAUCACUGAUUUACAUUUGGAUCCCACCUACCACAUUACAAUAAAUCGCACUCAGGUUUGUGCCUCUUCCAAAGGGGUGAAUGCCUCCAGCCCUGGCCUGUUUGGAGAUUUUAUGUGUGAUUCCCCAUAUAAACUUAUCUUGUCAGCUUUGAAGUUCAUGAAGGAUUCUGGUCAACAGGCAUCCUUUAUGAUAUGGACAGGAGACAGCCCCCCUCAUGUUCCAGCUAAAGAACUCUCCACAAAAGUGGUCAUUGAUAUUAUUGGUAACAUGACUUCUACCAUAAGAAGUUUCUUUCCAGAACUUCAAGUUUUCCCAGCAUUGGGAAAUCAUGACUACUGGCCACAGGAUCAGCUGCCUGCAUCUGUCAGUGAAGUCUACAGUGCUGCAGCAGAUUUCUGGAAACCUUGGCUCACUGAUGAAGCAGUCAGCACCUUGAGGAAAGGAGGCUUUUAUACGCAAAUAGUUCAGCCCAGUAUUUCUGGGCCACUACUUAGGAUAAUCAGUUUAAAUACUGUCUUGUACUAUGGUCCCAAUAAGGUGACACUGAAUAUGACUGAUCCAGCAAACCAACUAGAAUGGCUGGAAGAGGUACUAGAGAUGGCACUUCAGAACAAAGAAAAGGUCUAUGUGAUAGCACAUGUGCCAGUAGGCUAUCUGCCCUAUGCUCGAAAUACUACUGCCAUAAGGGAAUACUACAAUGAGAGGUUGAUAGAGAUUUUUCGCAGGUACAGCAGUAUAAUUGCUGGACAGUUUUUUGGACACACUCACAGAGACAGCAUCAUGAUUCUCCUGGAUAAAAAGGGGAAUCCAAUAAACUCCUUGUUUGUAGCACCUGCUGUGACACCAGUGAAGUCUCUAUGGGAGGUGGAUUCCAACAAUCCUGGAGUGAGACUAUAUCAAUAUGAUCCCCUCUCAUACAGUGUCCUGGAUCUUUGGCAGUUUUACUUGAACCUCACAGAAGCCAACAUGAAAAAUGCAUCGGAUUGGAAACUUGAAUAUGUUAUGACCAAAGCUUAUGGGAUAGAGGACUUAAAGCCAGAAAGUCUACAUGGAAUGGUAAAACAGCUCAUUGCACCACACAGCAAAUUGUUUCCAAAAUAUUACAACAACUACUUUGUAAGUUAUGAUGGAAACAAGUUCUGUGAAGAGCACUGUAGGAUCAGUCAACUCUGUGCUAUUCAGUAUUUAGAUCUCCCAUCCUAUACAGAUUGUAUUGGAAAUGAAGAUACAUUACAUUAUGAGUAAAAGUUAAUGUCCAUUCUAAGGAACCAUGUCCUCUAAAAUCUAAAGAACAGUUUAUUCAUUCCUUAUGCCACAGCAGAAUUAGAGGCCUGAACCAAAUGAAUUUUUUUUGGUCAGUCCUUUGAGUAUGUUGUCAGCAUUGCUGUAAAAUAAAAACAAAUACUUUUUGUUUUUUAUAAGCAUCUCUAAAAAUUUCCUUAAUUUUCGGCACUGCAGCAAUUCAGGCAACUGGAGAAAUUGCUCAGUAUGUUUAAAGCAAGAGUACUUCUGAAGAGUAUUCAAGAAAAUGUUCCAUUCAAAUGCGUAAAGAAUGCAAGCUGUGAACCCUUAAAAACCUAGGAUCCAGUAACUGCUCACUUUGUCAGUCAGGAAUCUUAUCUUGUAUAUUAUUCAGUUAUACAGAAUGUUUUGACAUGUACCUGAUCACAGUGACAAGCAUUAUACCAUUUUUCAUUUGUAAAAAUGUUAAGAUACACUUGCCAUGAAAAACAUGGGCCAAAAGUAUCUUGAACAGUAAAAAUCUAUUUGUUUAAAGUGAUGGCCUUGUAUUUCUCUGUCUGUGUUUUAAGAACUUGUGAUUUUGUUUGAGGACACCUGAGAGUAUAUGAGGAUACAAAGUCAUGUCCCCCUCAGUGAAGCUGUGGCACAUUGCUUUUAGAGUCUCUGGCACUUUUUUAAAAAAAUAUUUUUUAAAAAAAUAUUCAGUAAAAAGAAAGUCUACAAAGCAUGUAGACUUUUAUUAAGUACAGCUUACUCUUCUAACCAGAAUAACAUUAUAUUUAUCAAACUUAUCUAAAUUUUUCAAACUAAAAAGGCAGACUGUCACACUGAAUUUGACUUAUUUUCACAGGCUUAUAUCAAAAGAUUUUUCAUAUUUUCUUCUGUAUGAAGGCUUUAUCUUGUCAAUUUCCUUCUUUGUGUUGCUGAUAUUAGAAACAAAGUUUUGUAGUGUGUAUGUACUGCUUAUAUGACACAUUUACAUGGACUUCAUCCUGGACUGAAUUAUAUGGCCUCAUUCUGAGUUCAGUAGAACACUCCCGUGUAAACAUAGGAUCACAAGCAUAAUACAAAAGUACAAUGUCAUCUACUAUCUCAGGGUUUUGUGAGAAUUACCUCAUGGGGUUUAAAAUAAACUUGAUCAUU